AUGCUGACACUUGUCCUCACUCCCGCGAGAUACCUAUGGGAAGUGUACGAGAAAGGAGACCCCCGAACGAAAAACUAUCCUCUAGUGCUGAACCCGUUGUUCGUGUUCCCUUUCCUCGCCGGCUACUUGUACUUCGUGAAGGUUGCUGGGCCCCGAUGGAUGGCGAACAAGGAGCCGUACAGAAUCAUUAACCUCAUCCGAUUCCACAACGCAUUCAUGGUCGUCGCUUCUGCCUGGUUUCUUUACCUGCUCCUCAAGUUCACGUACCUUCCUGGAGGCCGCUACAGUUUGUGGUGCCAGGGUAUCACUGGCUACAUGGACGAAGAGAUGGCGCGCUACUACAAGUACGGUUGGUUCUUCAUUGCAGCGCGCUACGCCGAUCACUUGGACACGGUGUUCUUCGUGCUCCGUAAGAAGUUCACUCACAUCACUCACCUGCACGUCAUUCACCACACCAUCGUCACGAUAAACAUCUGGUACUGGUCCCUAUACGCACCUGAGGGACAGCCGGCGUUCGGCCUCGGUCUCAACGUGUUCGUUCACAUCAUCAUGUACACCUACUAUCUGCUGGCAACUAUGGGGCCCGCUGUGAGGAAAUAUCUCUGGUGGAAGAAGUACCUGACGAGGCUCCAGAUUGCCCAGUUUGUGCUCUCCAUAACUCACAUGUCCAUUCCACUGUUCGUUGAGUGCGGAUUUCCAAGACACCUGAUUGUCAUAGCCAACCUGCAGACAUUCCUAAUACUGUGCUUGUUCGUCAAUUUUUACGUAAAAGCGUACGUUACCCGCAAAGAUAACGGAUCCGGUAGCGUUCACGUGCAUUUGACCACAAAUGGCUGUGAUGCUAUUCGCAAAGAACAAUAAAUUGGGCCGGCUAAUAUACAGAAAC